AUGAAUUUAAUAGCAAGUUUUAUAAUAUCAAUUUUGUUGGGAUUACAUGGUUAUAUUAAAAAAUCGUUAUCAUUAUCUGGUGCAAUAGCUGCAUUUUUUGUUGGCCUGGGGACUAUUACUCAUGAUUGGAAUGUGUAUGCAGUAGUGUUAUUGACAUUCUAUUUUACCAGCUCAAGACUAACCAAAUAUAAAGCAGAAAGGAAGAAGAAAUUAGAGGAAGAUUAUGUUGAUGGUGGUCAAAGAACUAUCGCACAGGUUUUGUGUAGUUCAUUAUUUGGAACAUCGAUAGCAAUACUUCAUCAGUGGAUAUAUGGCGGUAAUCUGGAAUGUUUGUUGGAAGAUCGAGGCUCAAGAUUUCUAUUUUGGAUGUAUAUUGGACAUUAUGCUACAUGUAAUGGUGAUACGUGGGCAAGCGAACUUGGCAUACUUAGUAAAGAUUGGCCUAUAUUAAUAACAACAUUUAAAAAGGUUCCACCUGGUACAAAUGGAGGUGUAUCACCAUUAGGUUUAUUAGCUUCAGUUAUGGGUGGCUUUAUAAUUGGUGUCUUUGCAUUAAUAACUACUGUGAUAACAGAUGGUUGUGUAAAAAUCUGGUAUGAAAUAAUUAUAAUUUCAUCAUUUGCAGGAUUUUUUGGUUCAUUGGUAGAUUCAUUACUAGGUGCAACAGUCCAGCAAACAAAUUAUUCUGAGAAAUCAAAAAAGAUUACUUAUCAUGAAACUGAAAAUGUCAAAGUUAUUAGUGGAAUUGAUUUGUUGGAUAAUAAUCAA